GUUUUGGUCGCAUUAGAAAUGAUAUUAUUAAAAUUAUCAUAUCUCUAAUUCAUAAUCAAAAGCUAUUUGCUUGCCAUAACUUAUAGUGAUGGCCAGUUUUUACAAAGCAGUCGAAUCCCGCUCCAGUAUAAAUGGAACAAAGUUAAAAAAUAAUGUACCAUAUGUAUCAUCGGGAAUUCCAUCUCUGGACCAUGUUAUAGGUGGUGGUUUACCAACCGGAGCAAUUUUUGUUGUGGAGGAAGAUGUGCUAGGUAAUUACAGCAGAGUCCUGAGCAAGUAUUUCCUAUCUGAAGGUGUUGUAUGCAAACAUGAUCUAUUUAUUGCAUCUGCAGAUGAUGACCCCCGAGAAUUUGUAAAGGCAUUGCCCCAGGCAUGUGCAGCUCCUCCUGAGGAUGAAGCAAGUGUAGCAGCAAGUGAUGUCAAUAAAAUGAAGAUAGCCUGGAGGUAUGAGGGCCUCAAAGAGGUUGAAUCGUCAUUCGGUAACAAAACUAACUUUGGACAUCACUUUGAUCUGAGUCGACACCUGGAUGCUGAAACUAUUAAGAAUAGUAAUAUAACUUAUUGGAAUAUCAAGGACAAGGGUGCUGGCGUGAAAGGGUUCAAGAAUGACAUCUACUUCAAACUUCUAACCAAUAUAAAAGAGGUUUUAUCAAGAGACACAUACAAAGUAUCAAGCAAAGAGGACAGCAAUAUUUUAAGAAUCAACAUUCAGUCUCUGGGCUCACCUCCGUGGAUGUGUCUGGAUUGUGAAGAGGAGGAAGAUGCACAUAUGUUUGGGCAGGAUCUACUUAAGUUUGUCUACUGCCUCAGAGUGCUGCUUAGAGGUACUACUGCUGUUGCCUUCAUCACUGUUCCAGCACAUCUGUUUGAUAAUGAAUCUUUAACAAAAAGGCUGCUCUAUUCAGUGGAUAAUGCAGUAAGAAUUGAAUCAUUUGCUGGUUCCUCCAAAGAGACCAAUCCUGUUUAUAAAGAUUACCAAGGCUUGUUCCACUUGACGAAACUGAGUACAGUCCAUUCAAUUACACCAUUUGUGCCUCCAAGCCUUGAUUUGGCGUUCAAAUUAAGAAGGAAAAAGUUUAACAUCGAGAAACUGCACUUGCCGCCAGAAUUGGAAGAAACCAGUGAAAGAGAACAGGAUGACAUCACUGCUAAUCCUCAAAUUGCAUGUGGAGGAUUUAAGAAAAAAGAUAUAGAGUUUUAAAUACAUAUAAGAGUUAUGAAAAUGCUUAAAAUAUAUUUUUAAUAUUA